CAGGCUUGGCUCCCUCCCUCCUUCAUCCCUCCUUCAUCCUUUCCUUCCUUUCUUUCCUUCCUUCCUUCCUUCCUCAGCAGGGAUGGCGACGGAGGAGCUGGCCGGGAAGCUGAGCCGCCGACUCCGUGUUGGAGAUGAAGGAGGAGGAGGAGGAGGAGGAUGCCUGGAGGAGGAGGAGGAGGAGAGCGAGCUGGGGGCCAAGCUGCAGAGAAGGGCCGAGCUGGCCUCCGAGUCCCCCCCCACCCCCGGGUCCCCCCACCGGGUCUUCAGCCCACACACCGAAUUCCGGGAAUUCUCCCGCAAGCAGAUCAAGGACAUGGAGAGGCUCUUCAAGCAGUACGACGCAGGGCGAGACGGCUUCAUUGACCUGAUGGAGCUGAAGCUGAUGAUGGAGAAACUGGGGGCUCCCCAGACGCACCUGGGGUUGAAGAACAUGAUCAAGGAGGUGGACGAAGACUUUGACGGGAAGCUCUCCUUCCGAGAGUUUCUCCUGAUCUUCCGCAAAGCCGCAGCCGGGGAGUUGGAAGAAGACAGUGGCUUGCACGCCUUGGCCCGGCUGUCGGAGAUCGACGUCUCCACGGAAGGGGUCAAAGGGGCCAAAAGCUUCUUCGAGGCCAAAGUCCAAGCCAUGAACGUCACCAGCCGCUUCGAGGAGGAGAUCAAGGCGGAGCAAGAGGAGAAGCGGCGGCAGGCGGAGGAGAUGAAGCAACGCAAAGCGGCCUUCAAGGAGCUCCAGUCGGCCUUCAAGCAGUGACGGGACCGCCGUUGCCGCGCUAGGCGAACGUGGUGCCGCCGGAAACGCCUCGAGCGGCCGUUUGACCGAUCUGUCGCAGGUCACGCGGCUGCUGAAGGCCCAGAAGUCGACCCCGAUGGCCGGUUGGCAACCCUGCAUGGCUUGCGCGAGGGGGUCGGUGCCGGAAAGACGCGUCCCUCUGCGUCCCGCGCUGUAAAUACCGCAGCCCCCACAACGCGCCGCCUCCAUCCGCAUGCCCGUGGGCCUGUGCUGUGUGUUGCCCUGUGAGUGGUGUCUCUUUGUCCGGGUGGGGCGCUCCCCCGCUCUUGGUGUGGCCCCAGCAUUUGCACAUGGGACUUAUGCGUGUUGUGUUGUCUCCCAGCCGAUGGUACGGUGAUCGCUGUGGUCGUGUCUCAAUGUGUUUAAGACGGCAGAGAGCAGGGGUGGCCGUGUCGGUGGGGCAGCGAAUCCGGUUCGGUUCCUUAAAGGAAACACUUCCCCUCGGCUUGUAGCAGAGAAAGUUCGUUCUGUAGGCCUCUCUUUGAACAUCUCCCCCCAGGCUCACUACCUGUCCCCACCCUAUUUGUCUUGAAAAUGGGAUUAAAAAGUGCCAAGAGAUUCCAAAACACGUCAAACCCUGUCAGGAUGGGGCCCUGAGAGAGGAAAUUACUCACCGUGGGUCAGAUUAACCUGUCUUGGGCUCAACUGUGUCUCAGACGAGGUCCGAACCCUAAGGAAAAGCUUCCCCUUGAUUUGUAGCAGGAGAAAGUUUGUUCUGUAGGCUUUGCUUUGAACAUCUCCCCCCGGGCUCACUAGCUGUCCCCACCCUAUUUGUCUCGAAAAUGGGAUUAAAAAGUGCCAAGAAAUUCCAAAACACGUCAAACCCUGUCAGGAUGAGGCCUUGAGAAAGUAAAUUACUUGCAGUGGGUCGGAUUGUCCUGUCUUAGGCCACAUUGGGCUCAACUAUGUCUCAGAUGAGGUCCAAACCCUAAGGAAAAGCUUCUCCUUGACUUGUAGCAGGAGAAAGUUCAUGCUGUAGGCCUCGCUUUGAACAUCUCCCCCCGGGCUCACUAGCUGUCCUCACCCUAUUUGUCUCAAAAAUUGGAUCCAAAAGUGCCAAGAGAUUCCAAAACAUGUCAAAGCCUGUCAAAAACGCUCACCGCAAACCGUGGAAAACGCCAAAUCUCAGCCCAAAUGGCGAUGGGAUGUCACGUCGCUUCCUGUCUCCAUUUCAGCCAAUAUGGGGCCAAAGAAAUAGGUAUUUUGAGCGCAUGGAGGGGUGGAACAACUCAGUUAAUAAUUUCCAUGGGUUGUGUGUAAAUACUCCACUUGCAUUCCUUUCCCUGCAUGGAAUUGCUAUUGGGCUACCUGACGUGAACAUUUGGGGAGUUGUAGUCCAUCGAUGCAACGUUUCCAAGCUCUGUCUUGCUUUGCAUGGGGAGGGUGAUAUCGAGGUAAUAAUAACCCCACAUCCUUGUGGUAACGAGAAGAGGCGAUGGUUACAAAAGAGGUAAAGAAGUAGGGCUCCCCGUCCUCUUAUUUGGACGACUCCAUCCCAAGCAUGUUGUCCUGUGAUGUCUCAUCCGUGUUCAGUGUCCAAGCUGGGAAAACCCGCCCUCAAGUGCUUUUCGAUGUCUGUACGGUUUCGAUCGGGGACUUUGUCGUUUUCCCCGAUGUUUUCUUGCAUGUGCUGUGAUCUAAAAAGGACCGCCGACCCUGUGUUUAGUAGCCCAACAUCAACCUCCGAGGAGGAGAAAUUGUCCUAGUUGGUUGGCCAACGUGCGGCCAACUUUUCCCAGUCUCCUCCCGAAUAUUUCGUCGAAUCUGGUUCGGCAUCGAACGAGGAGCUCGUUCACGUAGAUGACCUCAUACGAGUGGGAUCCUUUCAGGUAUCGCCGGCCGGAAGGGACCCCAAAGGCCAUCUAGUCCAGCCCUAUUCUGCCAAAGUGUAUAUCAGGCACUUUACAGAAAGAGAGACACGGACUAUAUAACUACAUUGGGUACGCAAACAAAGAAGAUAUCACAUUUCACUCCACAUUCUACAUGAAUAAAUUACCACCCCUUCUUCUUGCUCCUGGAGAAGAGACCCACGCGUGGGCCAUCUGUCGGGAGGGAUCGGGUGGCGUGACCAAAACAACAACAUUGCCACCAUAGCAUCCUAGAGUUCGAAGGGGCACCCAAAGGCCAUCUAGUCCGACCCAAGAGCCAUUUAAUAGAAUCCUAGAGUUGGAAGAGACACCCUUCUAAGCCGCUCAAGGUUAGCAUUAGUAAGAAUAACAACAACAAUAUGAAAUCCAGCUGUGUCUUUGUGUCAAUAAUAAUAAUAAUAAUAAUAAUAAUAAGGAAUUCUAGAAUUGGAAGAGACACCCUUCUAAGCCACUCAAGGUUAGUAUUAGUAAGCAUAACAACAACAACAACAAUACGAAAUCCACCUUAUGUAUCUCAUUUGCUGUCUCUUUGUGUCAAUAAUAAUAAUAGGGAAUUCUAGAGUUGGAAGAGACACCCUUCUAAGCCGCUCAAGGUUAGUAUUAGUAAGCAUAACAACAACAACAAUACGAAUUAGUAAGCAUAACAACAAUACGAAAUCCAGCAUAUGUAUCUCAUUUGCUGUCUCUUUGUGUCAAUAAAAAUAAUAAUAAUAUGAAAUUCUAGAGUUGGAAGAGACACCCUUCUAAGCCACUCAAGGUUAGUAUUAGUAAGCAUAACAACAACAACAACAAUACAAAUUAGUAAGCAUAACAACAACAACAAUACGAAAUCCAGCAUAUGUAUCUCAUUUGUUGUGUCUUUGUGUCAAUAAUAAUAAUAUAGAAUUCUAGAGUUGGAAGAGACACCCUUCUAAGACGCUCAAGGUUAGUAUUAGUAAGCAUAACGACAACAACAAUGCGAAUUAGUAAGCAUAACAACAACAAUACGAAAUCCAGCAUAUGUAUCUCAUUUGCUGUCUCUUUGUGUCAAUAAUAAUAAUAAUAAUAGGGAAUUCUAGAGUUGGAAGAGACAACCUUCUAAGCCACUCAAGGUUAGUAUUAGUAAGCAUAACAACAACAACAAUACGAAUUAGUAAGCAUAACAACAACAAUACGAAAUCCAGCAUAUGUAUCUCAUUUGCUGUGUCUUUGUGUCAAUAAUAAUAAUAAUAUAGAAUUCUAGAGUUGGAAGAGACACCCUUCUAAGCCGCUCAAGGUUAGUAUUAGUAAGCAUAACAACAACAACAACAAUACGAAUUAGUAAGCAUAACAACAACAAUACGAAAUCCAGCAUAUGUAUCUCAUUUGCUGUGUCUUUGUGUCAAUAAUAAUAUAGAAUUCUAGAGUUGGAAGAGACACCCUUCUAAGCCGCUCAAGGUUAGUAUUAGUAAGCAUAACAACAACAACAAUACAAAAUCCAGCAUAUUUAUCUCGUUGGUUGUGUCAUACUCUGUUUUUUGUGUCAAUAAUAAUAAUAAUAAUAAUCUAGAAUUCUAGAGUUGGAAGAGACACCAUCAAAGCCCUCCCGACAGAUGGCCAUUCAAUACUUCUCCUUUCUGGGCUUGCUUUUCCACACAAAUUUUCUUUCGGGGUUUUUGGGAGAUUAUGCUUCUUUAAAAAGUCUUAGAAACUUUAUUUUUUCACAAAGGUUUAGGGGGGGGGAAAAGGAACCAGGGAUGGGUUUGGGAAAGCACUAUUUUGAAAUCAUUCCUUUUUUUUGGAGGGGUUGAAAAUAAUAUGUCUGUAUUUUACGGGGGGGGGAAUAAAUACGUCGCUGUCCAUUCCGAACACUGCUCCAUUUCAGUGGUAUGGUUUUAUUUUUUUUAAUCCAGAAAUUAUUAAAAAAUGAAAAUAUAUUUCAUAAGCA